ACAUCCACACACACGUACAGUACUCACACUGGACUCAGAAGGACUUUUGUUUACUACAGCAGGAGCCGAAAAAUGAAAUUAAUUCAUGAGCCCUCCUUGUGUCUGUUCCAUUUGCUGCUUCUGACUGAGCUGUUUGUCCGAUCUUCAUCUCUUUCCACCCGCCGCUCCUCCCACUGUGGAUUGUUUGGAUCAAUGAUCCAUCAGGUGGAAAGUUUGAUGAACUUAUCGAACAAAAUCCAUGACUUGGAAAAAGAUGAACUCCAACAUUUUGAUGAAGUCAAACCAAAGCUGGACAGCCUUCCUGACCUACAACACACUGCUAGGCAUUUCAGGUCACUUAAGGUUAAUGAAUCUCUCUCUCAGCUGUAUGAGUACACUCAGUCCUUCUUAUUUCAUAUAGACUGGUUGAAAGUAGCGAAAACAAAUGUCAGUUUGCCAAUUCAGACAGAAGAGGGCGCCAGCUCCCACCUCCUGCAGUUGUCCGGACUCAUUAAAAAAUGUCUUCACCCGCAAAAUGAAGGGGCUCUUCAAUCAACGGCUCCCCACCUUCCAGCUGUCUCCAAUGCCUUUGAUGCUCUUUUGUACUCCAUAGAAAUCUCUGACAGGUUAAAAGCCUUCUGUGAUUCGUCAAAACGAGUCUUGCGGUACUUAAAGCGCCUAUCCGGCUGCCCCAGACAGCCAUAAGGGACACAAAAAACAUCUACAAAAAUACCACUGUUGACUCCAGAAUGUUUUUAAGCAAUAUUGUGUUAUUCUAGUGGACUACCUCAAGAUGACAGAGUACAAAAAUCCACUGUAUUGGUGCUGGCCAAAACAUCGUAGCAACUACCAGAGGCCUAACUUUAUUCUCCUCCUUUUUCCAUCUGUAGUGUAGUUUAGACAUUUGGUUUCCCCAAACACUUCCCACAUUUAUGAGACUGUGUAAAAACUAAUGAAUGCUCAAACAAAAACAAAAGGUUUCAAAUGGUGGGACAUGUUUAAAAGUUAGCUGUGUGGCAUGUGCAUCUACUCUCAACUUAAUAUAGGUUUAAUGCAAAAAGUAUUUUUAGAAAAAAAGUUUUAGAAAUAGUUUUCAAAGUGUAUUAAUUUGGCAAACGCAGGUUUUGGGAAGACAAAGAUGGAGUCUAAUUUUCUCAUACCCUUUAUUUGUUUGUCUAAAGACCACCCAGAGGAAGCAAAAACAAAUGUGCCCAAAGUAUUUUUUUAUAUGUGAUUAGCUUUUUUCUGACUCUGCCAUCAUGAUGCAUCAGCUGUGUGGUUAAUUAUUGACAACAAAAGGUUAAAAAUGUCAAUAAGUUAGAGGUUUAUUUUAUUUUAGCAGAAUUUCCAGUCUUUCUCAGACUGUUUUUCGCUGAUGCCAACAUAGCUACCCACUGGCAUGACAUGGCUAUUUCAACUUUGCUUAAAUGUUUGUCAAAUAGAGGAAAAUGUGUCUGUUUAAAAAUGUAUGCCUUGAAUAAUAUUGAUGCAUAAUGCGACUAGUAUGACUCAGAAUCAUCUCCAUGUGGUGCAACUGAUAUUAGUGGUGCAUUGUUUACAAAGCAUUUCUCUUUAAACUGAGAGUCAAACCAUUUUCUUUUAAAAAUAAAGUUGAAUGUAGGUUUAGCUCAUAGCUUUAAAGUAAUGUAUGUUUUCUUUUACAUAUAGCCAUUUGAACUGUACUUAUGCACUGUUCCGAGGCACUGUCACCUGCGACCUUUACUCCCACUGAGACUGUUUACACUCAAAGUGCCUACAAGGUGUUGAUCAGAAUGAUAAACAAAAUGAUAGGAAAUAUGCAUUUUGUAACAACUCUUCUGUUAUUUUUUUAACCUACUUAGAAUGCUAUUUAUCAGUUUUUUAUAUUUUGUAAUUUGAGCUUUGAGGUGCAGGCAUCUCUUUUUUUUAAUAAA